CUGCUCUCGGUCCCUCACUCCUGCUCAGACGGAUGAGGAGAGUCCGGAAAGAGAGCAGUCAUGUACGUAAUUUUCUCUCCCGCUCGCUGAAUCUAAAGGUUAUCAUUAAGACAGAUGUGCCCUGCAGAGUGGUUACUGUGGAGAUCAUUUCACACUGGAGGAACUAUUUGAUUAAAGAGACGGAUUUAAAGCAGCUGAGAAAGACGUGGCAAGCUCAAAAAGAGAGUGCCUCAAGAAGACAGAAUUGAGGAGAAUUAAGGAUAAGAUGCCCCAUUUCGUCAGCCCUGCCAUUCAGCAGUAUCUUCGACGCAGAGCUCUGUUUCUUAAUUGAUUUCUUAUCAAGGACUCUCCAGGAGUGAUCGGAUACAAUGAUAAUCAAUCAACUUACUUUCCUCCUGUUGUUCUGCUUGCUGGGCUGGAGCAGCGCAAUGAUCCGGCCGGUGCCUGGAAUUAGCACGUCGGAUCGGGAUGGACGGACUCUACACCGCACUAAACGAGGAUGGAUGUGGAAUAGUUUCUUUCUCUUAGAGGAAUGGACAGGAACUGGAAAGCAGUAUGUCGGAAAGCUUCACUCAGACAUGGACACGGAAGAUGGAAAUGUGAAGUACGUCCUCACCGGAGAAGGAGCUGGAACUGUUUUCGAGAUUGAUGAGAACUCAGGCGAUAUUCAUGCCACCAGGAGGCUUGACAGGGAAGAGAAAGCGUCGUACACUCUGAGCGCUAAAGCCGUCAACAAAACCUCUGGACAGGAUCUGGAGAGGGCCUCCGAAUUCAUCAUCAAAAUCCAUGACAUCAAUGACAACGAGCCAAAGUUCGCCAAGGACACCUACGUGGCCAGCGUAUCUGAGAUGUCCAAUGUUGGUGCAUUUGUAAUGAAAGUUACAGCCUCUGAUGCAGAUGAUGAAGCGUAUGGAAACAGCGCCAAGCUGGUUUACAGCAUUCUGCAGGGCCAGCCGUACUUCUCAAUCGAACCUGAGACGGGCGUCAUAAGGACGGCUCUGCCAAACAUGAUCCGGGAGAACCGGGAGCACUAUCAGGUGGUGAUUCAGGCUAAGGACAUGGCCGGACAGAUGGGAGGUCUUUCUGGGACCACAACAGUCAACAUCACUCUUCUGGACGUCAACAAUAGCCCUCCUCGAUUCCCUCACAGUAACUACCAUCUCUCCACUCCCGAGUCCACCGAAAUCGGAUCAUCGGUGGGUCGGAUCAAAGCAUACGACGCAGAUGUGGGGGAGAACGCAGAGAUGUGGUACUCUAUCCUGGAAGGGGAUGGGCAAGAUGUGUUCAAUAUCAUCACGGACAGCACUAGCCAAGAAGGAGUGAUAAUGGUAAAGAAGCAACUAGAUUACGAGAGCAGAAGAUUGUACUCACUGCGGGUGCAGGUGACCAACACUCAUAUAGAUCGACGCUUUGAGCAACAGGGGCCUUUCAGCGACACGGCGAUAGUCCGGAUCACUGUCACGGAUGUGGAUGAACCUCCGGUCUUCAGUCGAGCGCUGUACAUUUUCGAGGUGGACGAAGACAGCCCUGUUGGAAGCUCGAUUGGGAUAGUGUCAGCUCGGGACCCGGAUACAAUCAGCCACCUGGUCAAAUACACCAUUGAUCGCCACACAGACCUGGAGAGGCUGUUUAACAUCGAUUCCAACAAUGGGACCAUCAGCACACUGCAGGCGCUGGACAGAGAAACCUCCAAAUGGCACAACAUCUCGGUUUUGGCCACGGAGCUCAGUACUGCCCUGCAAACCAGAGUGCCGGUGUUUAUCAAAGUGCGAGAUGUGAAUGACAAUGCGCCGGAAUUUGCCAUGGACUUCCAGACCAUUGUCUGUGAGAAUGCCAGAGCCGGUCAGGCCAUCCAGACUAUAAGCGCUGUUGACACUGAUGAACCACUGGUCGGACACAAGUUUGUUUUCAGUCUCAGUGUGAUCAAUCCAAACUUCACCAUUUUCGAUAAUGAAGACAACACAGCGCAGAUCCUGACCCGCCGGAGCGGCUUCAACCGCAGAGAGGUGAGCUCCUACUUGCUGCCCGUCAUCAUCUCCGACAAUGAUUACCCCAUCCAGAGCAGCACCAGCACGCUGACGGUCCGCGUCUGCGCCUGUGACAGUCAUGGAAAUGUGCAGACGUGCAGCACCGAAGCCCUGCUGCUCUCAGCUGGACUCAGCACCGGAGCUCUGGUGGCCAUCCUACUCUGCAUUUUAAUACUACUGAGUAAGUGUUGAACUCUUUUAAAAGCCAGAUUAAGACUGUGUUUAGCUAUUUAAAAGCAUUUACAGGGCCCUGUGUGGUGUCUCUAUGAACACGCUGCCCCUGGACUGAUGCCCAAUCGGCCAUAUGGUUCAUCCGGCCCUGCUUUAAGCAACACUGAACAGCCUUUCUGCUUGCAGCAUUUUUGUUUCAGCGCUUCUUAUGAGCCUCGAUUUCAUAGAAGGGUUUCAUAUAUCAUCUAUAGCACACUGAUGUAACUUUAAGCUUCAGCUAGUUUCAUGAGGGUAAACUUAAGACAUUUUUACGACCUUUUUAAGACUAACUGAAGAAAAUUUAAGGGAAAAGACAGCAAUAUU